GACGAUUUCCGAGAUAUCGUUUCGUUUAACGAAAUCUUAAAAAUUGUUUAACAUGUCACGUGACUACGGACAAUUUGACGUUUCAGCGGUAAGUUUGAAAUACACUAUUUCAGAACGAUUUCACUGAAUACGAUAGGUGACUGAGCUCGAAAAUGGUCGUUAAACAUUGUGCGUGGGGUGAUUGUCGCAGUGACAAUAGAUAUUCUUUUAAAGAAAAUAUGCAAGGCGUUGAUUUUGUCAAAUUUCCAAGUAAACAUACGGAUGUAGACCGCUGUAAAAAGUGGGUCAAAGCCUGUGGUCGUGCUAAUUUCACUUUGGACAAAGUGACAAGAGACACAUACAUUUGUACGAAGCAUUUUUACAGCGGAAAUGGGACUUUUAAGUAUCCAGACCCUGUGCCGUACGGUAUCACAGGCCCAGAGAUGGAACACUUCGUCUUCAAAAACAAGAAAAGACGAGGCCCCUUGCCAAGAACUACAGCUGGGCGUUUCAUACAAACGGAAACAGAAGAACUUGUAAGUGAACCAAAACAGAAGCAAAACCCAACAGCUUUACAUGAUCAUAACAUGUACACAUCCCAUGUAAAAGACUGUGGAAGCGGAGAUGGCCUGAAGGUGGGUGUGGCUAGUGACACUAGUAGCGUACAAACAUCGAUGGAGUCUGAGAUGGAGUUGUUGACAUUAGAAACGGAUACUCUGGAGAUUGAAAUCACUACAGAUGAAAACAAUACAAUGCAUGAUGUACAUAAUGGUAGAGUCAUGACAGACAUGGCAGUGCAGACAGAUUUGACAUUUAAUGAUCUUAAGGACUGCACUGACCAAGAUCUUCAAGGGGGAAGUCUGAGCCGUACCAUCUUUGUGAAGAAUGUUACCAAGGAUGACACAUCCUGUAAAUUCUAUACAGGUGUGACAUUGGCCACUCUGAUGUUGAUCUUUGAUGUAAUCCGAAGCAAGGCAGAGAGAAUGAGAUACUGGCAGGGAAGUGCAAGAGACCUACCUGAUGCCCCAAAUGGAAAUAAAAGAGGACCUGUACGUGUACUAUCCUCCUUUGAAGAAUUUCUGCUAACCCUUGUAAGAAUCAGAAGAGGCCUUGAUGUUGAGGUAUUGGCUGACAUCUUCGCCAUAUCUUGCUCGAGUAUAAGCCGCAUAUUUAUAACCUGGAUUAAUUUGUUACAACUAGAACUCAAGUUUUUAAUCCAAUGGCCGACCAGAGAUCAAAUUUGUCUGAAAUUACCUAAAGUGUUCAAGUGCUUUCCAAGAACUAGAGCUGUGAUUGACUGCACUGAGUUUUUUAUUCAACGACCAAGCCUACCAUCUAGCCAGCGUGUGACAUGGAGUUCAUACAAACACCAUAACACUGUUAAACUAUUGGUUUCUAUUUCCCCAUCAGGCUCAUUUACAUUUAUUUCAAAACUUUGGGCUGGUUCUGCAUCAGAUAAAAAGAUAGUUGAAGAAUCUGGGUUUCUGAAUAACUUAGAGUAUGGUGAUGAUAUAAUGGCUGAUAGGGGUUUUAUGAUAAGUGGUGCUCUCGCUCUUAAAGGUUGCACUUUAAAUAUACCACCCUUUACAUGUGGAAAACAGCUGAGCAGCAGAGCAACAACUAAGACUAGGAGAAUAGCAAGAGCCAGAAUACAUGUGGAAAGAGCUAUAGGGGACUUGAAAAGUUUUAAGAUUCUUCAAGGUAUUAUUCCAUUGAAAAUUAAACCCUAUUUAGAUCAUAUUGUAUGCAUAUGUACUGCUCUUUGCAAUCUAAACAACAGAAGAGUAAAGUAG